GUCCCCGAAAUAUGCUCAAUGACUAAGCAGACUUCGAGUGAGGAUCCUGCAAUGACAGAGUUAUGCAACUCCCUUCAGCAGAUGUUUAGGUCAAACACGCAUUCUAAAUCCUCCAACCGUCGUCCUAAAUCUCCUCAACGCAGGAACUCGCGUGGUCGAUCUAAGUCCAAACCACGUUCACUGAAAAACCCUGACUGGUGCUGGUACCACAACACCUAUGGCCAAGAAGCGAAGUGUUGCCGUAAGCCUUGUAACUUCGGAAAUGUCUCAAAGUCUGCGGGAAACUAUCCCGCCGGCACGCGUUAGCGGCAACCGUCGCCGGUGGCACUAGCCGCCUACUUUACAUCCAUGAUGUGAUAAGCCAGACUCGAUACUUAGUCGACACAGGCGCCGAAGUCAGCGUCCUUCCUGCUACAGCAGCAGAUCGACAGAAGGAACCUACCUUCAACUUACAGGCUGCAAAUGGAAAACCAAUCGCAACCUUUGGUAGGAAAUACGUCUAUCUGAACGUAGGUUUACGCAAACCUAUUCGGUGGAUUUUCCUUCUCGCUGACGUUACAAUGCCCAUCAUUGGCACGGACCUACUUAAUCAUCAUGAUUUACUCGUAGACGUCCGCCGAAAACGACUGAUUGACAAUACUACUAGUCUGUCUAUCAAAGGCAUCAGCUACAUAGGCCCUAGUUUGUCACCCGUUAAGAUAAAGGCAAUCCUUGAUCCAACUUUUCAACCUAUCGUUGACAAGUAUCCGGAACUUAAUUGCCCGUCGAACGACCUACCGUGCAUAACCAGCAAUGUUAUGCACCACAUCAUUACCACAGGACAACCUGUGACAUCUAAAGCACGACGAUUAGCUCCUGACAAACUGAGAAUCGCCAGGAAUGAAUUUGACCAUAUGCUUAGCCUUGGCAUCAUUCGACCUUCGAAUAGCCCAUGGGCAUCCCCACUUCAUAUGGUUCCGAAAAAGGAUAGCAACGAUUGGCGACCCACCGGUGAUUACCGGCGAGUGAAUGCCAAAACAACCCCUGAUUGCUACCCGUUGCCUCAUAUACACGACUUGACGGCAACCUUAUCCGGCGCGACUAUAUUCUCCAAAAUCGACUUGGUUAAAGCGUAUAACCAAAUCCCGAUGGCAACAGAAGACAUCCCGAAAACGGCUAUCAUUACGCCUUUCGGACUUUUUGAAUUUCUACGUAUGCCAUUCGGUCUCCGGAAUGCAGCCCAAACAUUCCAACGCUUCAUCGACGAAGUAUUUCGCGGUCUCGACUUUGUAUACGCAUACUUAGACGACUGCCUCAUUGCCAGUCCAGACAAGGAAACUCACCUUAGGCACUUGGACUUGGCAUUUGACAGGUUACGCCAACAUGGUGUUACCAUUAAUAUUCAAAAAUGUCAAAUCGGUGUUGACUCACUCGACUUCCUGGGUCACACUAUUGACUGCAAGGGCAUUCGCCCACUGGCUACUAAGGUUGAGCCUCCUAAGAAAAACCGUUCUGGACGCACCGUAAGGUUCCCAGAAUAUCUGCACACUUAUUUGACUUAACGAAGUCGUGUGAUUCACGCAACUCACUCGUUCGUGGUACUAACUAUUUUUUUUUGACGUAUAAAUUUUUUUAUAUACAGUACCACCAAACACAAAAAAUUUUUUUUUCAACAGUUCAUGUAACAUACACAAAAAAAUUAAUUAUAUGUAUUUUUUUUCGAUGUUCUGAACUUAGCAUUAUUUUACUGUAUAGUAAAUGCACAUAAUUUUUUUUAACCAAAAAGGUCAUUUCGUACAUUUUCCUCGACAUGGUUCUUAGCGUUCUUGUUUUCUUUUCCAGGUGCGACGGGCACUGGACGGGAAACAAACGAAGCACGGAAUCCAACGAACAACACCAGGAAGCUAUGUACAAACACCCUAUUAGCAUAGGCAGACAAACCAGUAGGCAUACGACCAAGCCGCUCGGAAGAUUUUUUUCACCCGAAAGGGAACCAUCGAGUUUUUUUUACUUCCGGCUGGUUCUGUCUUAGGGUCCUCACGACCCCACUAGGGGGGGAGUGAGCUGUAGCGGUAAAUAAUUCCCCAAAAUUAUUGACCACAGCAAUCACUCAUUGGAUGCUGACCACCACUGUUUAAGUCGACUUGUUUAGCUGAAGGCUUCCGGUCAAGCAUCCCCGCCAUUUGGUACCUCGUCGUGUCACGUGCACGAUCACUAGCUAGCUAAGCGUUCGUCUAACGGCUGGUUUUGGUUCGUAAAUAAUUCUAUUGGUUUGGACGAUCAAUUGUUGGCUUUUGCUUUGUCUUUGGUACGCGAGAAUAAAUUAAUUAGAAGUUGUUGAACGAGAUAUCACGUCAAACCUUUAAUAUCUCUCAACCUCUAAA